AUGUGGGAUUGCUUGAAGCUUGUGGAUCUAGGCUUUGUGCAUCUUGAUCUACCUUCUGUGGGUAUAAAGUUUCAAACUUUAAGGUUCUAUGGUCAAGACAAAAACCAAACUCAACGGCUAUACUUUCGCUCUCUCACUUCACCACCGAUCGACAUUUUCCCCGGAAUCAUAAAUCCGACGAAACUCUCGCACAAUCAUUUGAACCCUAAAACCAAGUCACACCACCUCACCUCCGAUGCAUUUCUAUUUUUGGUAACCACUUCAUCAACAGAUCACGUCUCAAUUCAUCAUCAUCAACAUCGAUAUAAGCUCAUCACUUUCUUCAAAUUGACCUUUGGUUCUUCCCAACCAGCUGAAUCGUCUUUUGGAGUUAAUCGAGUAAAAUGCCCUUUGAUACGAGGCUCUUUUGGGGGUCCUUCUGUUGAAAGGGCAUUAGGGUUUUGGUUCUUUUCUUUUGUUUCUGUUUCUGAACAAACUGUUGAUGUUGCUUUGAGUCCUAUCCACAUAGAAUCCGGUUUCAUUCAUAACCGGAACAAAUCCAUUGUCAUAUACCUAACUGUCGCUGAUUCUGUGAUUCCCAUGUGUAUUCUGGAAUCCGAUUCCAUAGCUUCAGUUAAACUCAGGAUUCAAACAUGUAAAGGGUUUCUAGUGAAGAAACAGAAGCUAGUUUUCGAAGGAAAAGAAUUAUCAAGAAACAACACUCUUCUUACAGACUACGGUGUUUCAAGUGGUGAUGUUCUUCAUUUAAUUCUCAGGGUCUCUAACCUUCUUGUAAUCACAGUCGAAACCGCUUUCAGAAAAGAAUUCAAAUUCCAAGUUGAAAGGUUUAGAAACAUAAGGCAUCUGAAACAGAAGAUAUCAGAACAAGCAAAAGGGUUUCCAUUUGUUAACAUUGAUGAUCAAGAAAUCUUGUGUAAUGGCGAAAAGCUUGAUGAUCAAAGACUCAUUGAUGACAUUUGCAAGAAUCAAGAUGCUGUUGUUCAUUUGGUUGUUCAGAAACCUCAAGAAUCUCAACCUAGAAAAGAUCUUGGAAACAAAAAGAUUCAAAACAAAUCACUUUUGCAGCCUAUUAUCAUCAAUCCUGAAAUGAAAAUUCCACCUGUCAUAUGGGACAUGUUACAUUCAGCAUCAGAAGGUUUAAAAAAGAUGAAAAAACCGAUUAGAUCAUCCGAGGGGACAGGUGGCGCGUAUUUUAUGCAACACCCAUCAGGGAAAAAACACGUUGCUAUUUUCAAACCCAUAGAUGAAGAACCAAUGGCUGUUAACAACCCUCAAGGGCUACCUCCAUCAACAAAUGGUGAAGGACUAAAGAGGGGGACUAAGGUAGGCGAAGGUGCAUUGAGGGAAGUUGCAGCCUACAUCCUUGACCAUCCGUUGACCGGACCUCGGUCAACAAAAAUGGAGAUGGGUUUUUCGGGUGUGCCCCCAACAAUCAUGGUAAAGUGUUUGAAUGAAGAGUUUAAUCAUCCACAAGGGUAUGAUGGUGGUGAAAAGAAUAUCAAGAUUGGAUCUUUGCAGAUGUUUGUUAAGAAUUGUGGGAGUUGUGAGGAUUUGGGGCCUCGGGAUUUUCCAGUGGAAGAGGUUCAUAAGAUCACGGUGUUUGAUUUGAGAACCGCAAAUGCCGAUAGGCAUGCUGGAAAUAUUUUGAUGAACCGCGAAGGUGAUCGGAUUGUGUUGAUUCCUAUCGAUCAUGGAUACUGCUUGCCCGAGAAUUUCGAAGAUUGCACGUUUGAUUGGCUCUAUUGGCCACAAGCGCGCAAACCCUACUCACAAAAAUCACUUGACUACAUAAACUCGCUAGAUGCAGAGCAAGACAUAGCACUUUUAAGCUCAUAUGGGUGGGACCUUUCACUCGAGUGUGCACGUACCUUUCGCAUCUCCACCAUGCUUCUAAAAAAAGGUGCAAAAAAAGGGCUCUCCCCCUUCACCAUAGGCAAAAUCAUGUGUAGAGAAACAUUAAACAAAGAAUCCAUGAUUGAAAAGAUUGUUGGAAAAGCCUAUGGUUCCAUGAUCACGGGAAGGAGUGAGGCUGUGUUUCUUGAAACUGUCUCUAAGAUCAUGGAUUCUGAGCUUGAGAAUGUGUGUGUUUAGGGCUCGUAUAGGAUUUGAGUAAUUUGUUGGGUUUUAGUUUUUUUUUAUUUUUUAUGAAGUAUUUGCUUUGAAUUUCUGUUGAGGUGAUUGAUGGAAGUUUGGAGCGAUACGAAUAAAAGUGUGAUCAUGAUCAGCAAUGGUGUUUUUUAGAUCUUGUUGCUGAAUUUGGGUUCGUAGUUGAAUGAUUUGUAUUUUGUAGUUAUGUAACAAAGCUUUUGUUGCUUAUGAUAAUUGAUGUGUUAAAAAACUUGUAAAUU